CUCCAAGGCAUCAACGUUUACACUCUUCUUCGCCAUCUACUUUCUCUCAGUUUUCCCCUCUGUGGGUUUUGGAAGAAAAAAACAAAGAAAAAUGGCCGUUAAAGAUUUGAAGUCAAAGCAAGAGCUUGAUAAUCUUGUGAAAGAAGGGUCGCCUGUCAUGAUUCACUUCUGGGCUUCUUGGUGUGAAGCUUCUAAGCACAUGGAUCAAGUCUUUUCUCAUCUUUCCACUGAUUUCCCUCAUGCCCAUUUCUUAAGGGUUGAAGCUGAAGAACAACCAGAAAUAUCCGAGGCAUAUUCAGUUUCUGCUGUGCCUUACUUUGCUUUUUGUAAGGAUGGAAAGACGGUUGAUACCUUGGAAGGGGCAUUUCCGUCCGAGUUAGCCAACAAAAUCGCGAAAGUAGUGGGGUCCAUCCAUGCUGGCGAACCCGCAGCUCCCGCAAGCCUCGGUAUGGCUGCGGGACCCACAAUUCUAGAAGCAAUUCAAGAUAUCGCCAAAAUCGACAACUCAAAUACUCACUCUCGUCCUCCAACCGGUGUCGCAGAAACCCUAAAAACCCGUUUAGAAAAACUGACCCGGGCCCACCCAAUCAUGCUCUUCAUGAAAGGAACCCCUGAAGAACCCAAAUGUGGUUUCAGCAAAAAAGCGGUUGCAAUCUUGAGGGCUGAAAACGUAAAAUUUGGAACUUUUGAUAUUCUUAGUGACAAUGAGGUUCGUGAGGGGUUAAAGAAGUUCUCAAAUUGGCCUACUUAUCCUCAACUUUAUUGCAAAGGGGAGCUUCUUGGAGGGUCGGAUAUUAUAAUUGCAAUGCAUGAGGGGGGUGAAUUGAAACAAGCUUUUGCAGAUCAUGGAGUUGGAAAUGAUGUCAGCAAGGUGAUCGCAGGUCAACCCAUGGGUCAAAAGGGUGGAGUUACGGAUUCGACGGGCUUGAGCUCGGGUUUGACGGGUCGGCUUGAAAGUCUUAUAAAUUCGAGCCCGGUUAUGCUUUUUAUGAAGGGAAGCCCAGAUGAGCCCAAAUGUGGUUUUAGCCGAAAGGUAUGCGACAUUCUUCGUGAAGAAAAGGUCGAUUUCAAGACUUUUGAUAUACUCUCAGAUGAAGAAGUGAGACAAGGGCUAAAAGUCUACUCAAACUGGUCAAGUUACCCUCAACUUUACAUUAAAAGUGAACUCAUUGGUGGAUCGGAUAUAGUUUUGGAGAUGCAAAAAAGUGGGGAACUUGAAAAGAUUUUGGUUGAAAAAGGUAUAAUUUCUCUUGAAGAACGCUUAAAGAAGCUGGUUAACUUGAACCCGGUUAUGCUCUUUAUGAAGGGUACCCCGGGUGCCCCACAAUGCGGUUUUAGCUCAAAAGUCGUAAAUGCCCUUGAGGGGGAAGGUAUAAAGUUUGGUUCUUUUGAUAUUUUGAGUGAUGAGGAAGUUAGACAGGGUUUGAAGAAGUUCUCGAAUUGGCCAACGUUUCCACAACUUUAUUACAAGGGUGAGUUGAUUGGAGGAUGUGAUAUUGUUUUGGAAAUGAAAAGCAAUGGUGAACUUGGAUCUACACUAUCAGAGUGAAAAAAGAUGAAAUGUUUUGAACAGUAAAACGUGUUUGAGUUGUUUAGUGUGGUGGGGUAUUUUAGUAAUUUUGACAUAGGGUUGAAUUUGAUGUGGUGUUUUUGGUACUUGUAGUUGCUCAUGCUUGAUCUUGG